UCAGUGGACAUUCAGUCAUGUCUGGAACAUGGGCUUUUCCGCUGCUGCUGCUGCUGUGGGGCUGUGUCUGCCUCUGGCCUCCCAGCCCGGCCCGGGGGGCGCUGAUCAUCUCCCUCGACUAUGUCGCGGCACAGGAGGCACAAGCUACCAGCCGGUCAAUAAAGAAAAGAAGUACAAACAAUGCAGAGGUGGAAGUGUACAGCGUUACAGUGGACUGUACGGUGGCCUCUCGUUUUGCUCACACUGUCAUGACCUCCAGUGCUCUGAACAAGGCCAACUCCUCUCAGGAAAUCUCCUUUGAAGUGGAUCUGCCCAAGACGGCCUUCAUCACCAACUUCAGCAUGGAGAUUGAGAGUAAGUUCUAUGUUGGGGAGGUGAAGGAGAAAGAGAAAGCCAAGAAACAGUAUGAGAAGGCCGUCUCAUCAGGACAGACGGCUGGACUGGUCAAGGCUUCUGGAAGAAAAAUGGAGAAGUUUUCGGUGUCAGUCAACAUUGCAGCAUAUAGCAAUGUGACAUUUAUUCUGACCUAUGAAGAGCUCCUUCAAAGGACACUGGGCCACUAUGAGAUUCUGACUCGAAUAAAACCCAAACAGCUGGUGCAGAACUUCCAUAUUGUGGCUGAUAUUUAUGAGCCCCAGGGACUAGAGUUUGUCGAUGCCCAUGGAACUUUCCUUUCCAACGAGCUACUACACCCUCUGGUGGAGAAAAUCGUCACAGACACAAAGGCGCACAUCUCCUUCUCACCGACGAUAGAGCAGCAGAGGAAGUGUUUGGGAUGUGACACCACACUGAUUGAUGGAGAUUUCAUUAUCAAGUAUGACGUGAAACGAGCAAAGAGUCUAGGGGACAUUCAGAUUGUGAAUGGGUACUUUGUACACUUCUUUUCUCCCCCUGACCUACCCCGAGUUCCCAAGAAUGUGGUGUUUGUAAUUGACAGAAGCGGCUCUAUGGGAGGUAUAAAAAUAGUUCAGACCCGGGAGGCAUUGUUGGCCAUCCUCAACGAUCUCAAUGAGCAGGACCACUUUGCUCUCAUUACAUUUGAUGAUGUAAUUAGUCCCUGGAAGAGCUCCCUAAGUAAAGCAACCCAGAAAAAUUUGGCUGAGGCAAUAACGUAUGUCCAUCAAAUACAGGCUAGAUCAGCUACCAAUAUCAAUGAUGCAGUUUUGAUGGGAGUGAACAUGCUGGUUGAAGACAGGAAUAACAAUAGGCUACCAGAGAGGAGUGUGGACAUGAUAAUCUUGCUAACUGACGGAAUGCCAAAUAGCGGAGUGUCCAGUAUACAGAUGAUCCAGGAGAAUGUGCGCAAUGCAAUAGGUGGAAACAUGUCUUUGUACUGUCUGGGCUUCGGGAACUACGUGGAUUACACUUUCCUAGAUGUUAUGGCAAAACAAAACAAAGGACUGGCCCGUAGGAUCUAUGAGGGCUCAGAUGCAACCCUUCAACUCCAGGGCUUCUACGAGGAGGUGGCCAGCCCUCUGCUCCUAGAUGUGGACCUGCGUUACCCUGAUAACACAGUGGACUUCUUGACCACCAACCAUUUCAGCCAGCUGUUCAAUGGCUCAGAGAUUGUGGUGGCAGGUCGGAUGGCUGACAAUGACAUAGACACCUUCUUAGUGGAAGUGUUCGCCAACGGGUUCAUGGAGGACUUCCAGGUGCAGGGCCAAGCCACAGCCAUGGACUGGGAUGUGAUCUACCCAGAGCAGGAGUAUAUCUUUGGAGACUUCACAGAACGUCUGUGGGCCUACAUCACUAUCCAACAGCUAAUGGAGAAGAGUAAAAGUGGCUCUGAAGAGGAGAAAAGUAAUGCCACAGCCAAGGCCCUGGAUAUGUCCCUAAAGUACAGCUUUGUCACCCCUCUCACCUCCAUGGUGGUCACCAAGCCAGAGACGGAGGAGAGGCCAGACAGCACCUUCAUCGCUGACAAGCUGACUGAGGCGCAAAGACAGCAGCAGGAGCGACAAGGAGGGUACAACUUCCUGCAAACAGUAAGCAACAGUUAUCUAACCUCUCAGACGUACAACACGCCCACAUAUUUUGUGGAUGGAGAUCCACAUUUCAUGAUUGAGCUGCCAGAGAAAGAUGAUGCGCUGUGCUUUAACAUUGCCGACACCCCAGGAACCAUCUUCAACCUGGUCAGAGACCCAACCUCAGGUAUUUUGGUCAAUGGCCAGACUAUUGGAGAUAAGAAGGUGGCCCCCGAUGGUAAAAUCAUCACCUACUUUGGACGUUUUGGUAUCAUCCAUCAGACCCUGGGGGUGAGACUGCUGGUGACCACUCAGGACAUCUCUGUGUACCAAGAUGGCAAGUUGAUUAAGCUGCUCUGGUCUGAUACAGGUUCCUUCAAAGGAUCAAAUGUUGAUCUGCUGGUGACCAAGGAUUGCCGCCUGACAGUCACUUUAAGAGAUUCGGUGAAAUUUGUGAUCCUGCUACACAAAGUAUGGAAGAAGCACCCUUAUCAUCAAGACUACCUGGGUUUCUACACCCUGGACAGCCAUCUCCUCUCCCCUUCUGUUCAUGGCCUGCUGGGUCAGUUUUAUCAUGGCAUCGAGUAUGAGGUAGGAAACAUCCGUCAAGGAGAGGUUCCUGAGAAACCAGAUGCUACCAUGUAUGUGAAACAACAAGAGCUCAAUGUGACCAGAGGCUGGCAGAGAGACUUCCGCAGAGAUGUGAAGAAUGGAGAACAGGUUCCCUGCUGGUUCAUUCACAAUAAUGGCACAGGCCUCAUAGAUGGAAGUGUCACAGACUACAUUGUGUCUGGACUCUUUAAGACUAUCUAGGUAUCAGACAGUUGAAUUAAUACUUUUAGCAAGAUCAGUAGUAAUAUAAAAAAACAUUGAAAAUAAUUGCUGAAUGUGCUAGACACUGUGAAUACACCAACAUAAUGUAUUGACAUCAAUUAAGUUGAACUGAAAGCGUUGCAUUGGAUGAAUGCGAGUGUUGAGUACAAAUAAUUGUGGUGCACACCUUAGCACCUUCUUGCAUCCUCAUUUACCUUGACAUUGGAAUAUUGCUGAAAAGUCAAAACUUACUUAAUCGUCAAUGAAUCCACACAAAGAAGUCUCAUGUAAAUCAAAUCUGUGACCAUUGUUUUCUUACAGAAAAUUGCUUGUGGUAAUAAAUGUGCUCCUUUGCUCAAUAGCCCACUUAAUGCACUGGUUAUGUCCUGAAGGAAGUUCACCUCUGAUGCAUGGCCUACAGUAGAGUAGGAAAAUAUCCAGGUUCUGUUAAACCAGGCCACACGUGUACGGGUGGUUCUUCAGUUAAGGGAGUUUUUCUGUCUCCGUGGUAGAUUUUCAAGAACAAAACUAAAAAUUAAAAAAAAAAUUGUUAGAGUUAGAUUGUGUUAGCUAUGAAAAAAAAGAUUUGCGUCUCAAUGAUGACCUUUUAAUACUUUUCCAGUAUGUUGAAAACUCGAAUGUGCCAGAAUUUCACUGCUUUUGGUUUGUCCCCAACCCAGACUUUUUAACUUCCCCUCUAUAAUAAAGUAACGGGGCAAAAGAUUUAUGCGAUCUGAAGAGAAACAAGAGUGUAUAAAAUUGUUAAAUUCAUUAAAGCUCUACUUUGCAUUUUCUCAUAAUUUAAAAA